UGGGAGGGGCACUAGUGGAAACGCUUCGGCCAAUGGGAGGGGCAGUGGCGGAAGGUGAUUCGCAUUUAAGACACCUCGCCCCAGGGAAAAAUGGCUCCGGUUCCUUUCGGCUCCCGGAGAACGCGAAAGGAGGUCGGGCUCUGGGCGCCAGCGGCGCCGCCGGGCCCGGGCAAGCGCAGCGACCCCGCGCCUGUGCGGCCCUCUAGGUGGGAGUCUUGUAGGGGAGCGCCCCUCGCGGCCCUUCCCGGAAAGGGCCGGGUCAUGGAGGAGGAGCUGCCCGACGACCUGGAGGACUGGGUGGCCGUCAAGGAGAACCUAUUCUCGGAGCCCGAGCGGCCCAACCUCUGCUUUUUAGUGGCUUGGAAUGAGUCCGAGGCCAAGUUCGCCGUGACCUGUCACAACCGAACCCUGCAGCAGCAGCGGCGGCGGCGGCGGCGCGCGGGCCUCGGCCCGGCCCCGGGGGACGGAGGCGCCCCGGCCGAGGGGGAGGAGGAGGAGGAGGAGGGCAGGCCGCUCAGCUGGGCCGGUCUCUUUUCCGUGGCCGAACUUCAGGGCGUGCACCGGAUGCUGGCCGCCAUGAACUCGCAGCUGGAGGCCGCCUUCCCCGAGCUGCCCCCCGAGGUCGGCCCGAGCCUGUGGGCGCUGCUCUUUCCGGCCGCCGGGCCCGACGAGGAGGCGCUGAGGCAGCAGUGCGACCAGCUGGCGCGCUACCUGGACGAGGCGGUCGACCGGUGCGGCGCCAAGAUGCUGCUGGACUUGCUUUUCCCCGCCGACGCCGAGCCGCUGGAGGAGUACUUCGAGAACCUGCAUGAAUUCCGGAAGAAGGCCCUGCGGCGGCACGUGGUCCGCGCCCAGGAGCGGCUCUGCCGGAUUGUUCACGAGCAUAAUAAUGCUGUCAAGAUGAUAGAUUUAAUGAAAGUUUAUGAAGAAGAAGAUAAAGCUUACCAGGAAUUAGUUACUGUGGCAACAAACUUCUACGAAUAUUUGCUGCAACCAUUUAGGGAUAUGCGAGAGCUUGCAACAUUAUACAAGCUAAAAAUUUCAAAGUCUUUGGAGUUCCAUGAACUGGGCCCUAAGAGAAUAGAGGCAUUGGAAAAAGAGGCCAGAGAAUGGACCCGACAAGCUGACGAAGCUGUGACAUCUAUUCAAGACAUCACGGUGAAUUAUUUUAAGGAAACAGCAAAUGCAUUGGCUGGAAUGAAAAAACAGAUGGAACAGGAUAAAGAGAGAUUUGGCCAAGCUACCUGGGCCUUAGCUGCUCCCAGACUUGAAAAACUGAAGCUCAUGUUAGCAAGAGAAACUCUACAGUACAAAAGAGCCAAAGAACUAUGCUUGAAUCGAAAAAGAGUUGAAAUUCAAAAAAAAGUAGAACAUCUUUCUGAAGCAGAGAAAAACAUUGAUAUGAUAGAUGAACUAGAAAUGCAGUAUUAUGAAGUUCAACUUGAAUUGUAUGAAGUUCAGCUUGAGAUAUUGAAGUUUAAAGAGAUGCUGCUUAUUACAGAGUUAGAUGCUACGAGACGACUCAUAAAAGAGAAACAAGAUGAAGUUGUGUAUUAUGAUGCUGUUGAAAAUCCUGAGGAACUGAUUGCUGAUCAUCUAGUAGCGCAAAACGAUUCCCAGGUUUCAGAAAUGAAGAUGCUCAAGCAGAAGUCCCAGCAGCUAGAACACAAGAGAGGAAUUAUCUGUGCAAGAAGAGCCUAUCUCAGGAACAAAAAAGACCAAUGCAAGGCAAGUCAUCAUCACAAAUUGCAACGGGCACAGGAAAACAUAAAGCGAUUUUAUCAGCAUCAUAAUAUUCAAGUGAAAAGAGACAAGAGAAAAGAAGAAGAAAAGGAAAAGCAAGAGUGGAUAAGCCAAGAACGACAGAAAACACUUCAACGCCUAAAAUCAUUUAGAGAGAAAUGUCCAGGUCAGUUUGUACUUAAAACGCCUCAUUCAAAACCAAUUAGUCCAAAAUUGCCCAAAGAUAUUUCCCAGAAAAUCUCAUCAUCAGCUUCUCAGCCACUGUCAACGGUCCAUUUAUCUUCUAAUAAUACAAGUACUCCUUCAUCCAAAGUUGGAAGUUUGGAAACAUGUAAAUACAAAAACAGUCCUGGAAAUAUCCCUAGUCAGGUUUUGGUUCCAUUUGGUGAUCUACCACAUUCAGAAACCAGUAGGGAACCGACAUCGCCAUCAGCACCAAUUCUUCUUGCUGCCCCUCCACCUCCUCUUCCGUCAUCGCCGCCGCCGCCACCACCACCACCACCACCUCUUCCUUCUUCCUCACCACUUUCAUUGAAGACAUCUGGAAGAGAUUAUCAACCACUUCCUUUGGUCUGUGAAUCAACUGCUAAAAAAUAUGAUUCCUCAAAAAGUUCUUUAAACCUCUGUACAGGAACUAUGGAUAAAGUUUUGGAUUCUUUAAAGCAUGGUGCAAUACUUCACAAAAUAGAGAAGCCCACUCUGCCUACUUCAGGAACUUCAGUCAGAGAUAAUAUUCUGGCUGCUAUUAAGCAAGGCGUUAAAUUGAAGAAAGUUCCUCAAGAGCCCAUUACAGACAUCAACGAAGAGUCGUCCAGUGAGCUGGAGAAAAGCAUCAAGGCAGCUCUCCAGAGAAUUAAGAGAGUGUCUGCUGACUCUGAGGAGGAUGACAAUGAAGAUCAGAAUAAUACAGAAUGGGACAGUUAACUUGAUUUGAAGCUAGAGGUUUGCUGGAAUAAUGAAGUUCUCAGGAUAAAGCAAUAUAGGCGCAUGUGGACUUCUGAGAAACAUACAUACUCAGGGAAGGACAGCCUCCAUAAUGGUUUUAUAAAAACAGCAACAUUUUAUGAGAACUACAUUGCAGAGGUUUUCAUUAUUGUCAUUGUUUUUGAAAUGGAAUAUGCAUGGUUUUUUAGUCUUUUCAUUCGCUAAUUAACAAGGAAUCUUUAGAUUACAUUUCAUGGGUGAAUUUUCUGAAUAGACCCUGGAUGGAUGUGGGAAGAUACUCAGGAUGUAUAUCUGAUGUUUUGCCACAAAAUUAAAUUUGAAAAAAUGUAAACUCAUAAGCAAAUACUUUGACUAGUGAAACAAACAAGCUUCAACCCCUCACCCCCAAAAACCUUAGAGAUGAAAGGAGAAAAGUGAAUUGAGAUUAAAGAAACUGGCAGACAUUGUUGGCACAAGAAACUAGUACUUAUUCAUUAAGCCAUAUGCAGUAGAGAAUGUGCUACACUCUAAUUUUAAAGGAUGUUUCACAUCAGAAAAGUAAACAUUACCUUUUUACCUUACUUUUGAGGGAAAAUGGAGUUUUGGGGAAGUGUUGGACAAUUUCUACUAAAAUUUGGAAAUAUUACAACUAUAUAAUCGAAAUAAUUGGGUCUAUCAACAUUUUAAUUUGUUAAAACUGAAUAAUUUAUUAUAAGUCACCAGAAUAAUUCAAUGGCACUUGAGAAACACUUUAAACAUAAUUUAUUUUCUAUUCUCUAGUAUAUCUGUGCACAGAAUUGUUUUCGGUAUUUCAGUGUUAUAUUUAGGGGGAAUGGAAAGCCUAUAGUACCUUCACUUUGAAAUAUGUGGCUACUAAUUAACAUUUCUAAUACAAAACUUGCAGAUAUGAGAUUUAAAGAUUCAAUAAGAUUUCAACUGAGCUUUUGUUUGACAUGUACAGUUUUAUUGGAGGGAAAAUUAAAAAACCUAUAAUUAAUGAUUGGGUGGGAAACCAUAUCCUCUCGGGAAACAACUGCUCAUGGAAAUCAUGUUCCCCUUUUUGGUACAUAAACAUUAUUAUAAAAUGAAGAAAUGCUUCCUAUUGCCAAAAACACCUUAUUUUUGUCUCCUGGGGAUGGAUACUCUGGUGGUAGGUAAAAUUUGGCUUACAGUUUUUACUAUGUUAAAAACUUAGUUUACUAAGUUCAGAAAAUUUUUGUAUUAAAGUUGGGUUUCUUAUAUUUUUUGGUGUUUAACCAAAAAGUUAUUAUUAAUCUUAAGUAAUUUCAAAAACACCUUCACAAGCUUUCUAGAAUGUUGAAGUCUUUUUGGGGAGAAAAUGUGGUACCUUGGUAAUCAGGGUUUUUUUACUUGGUUAUAGAAAGAUAGAGCUUUCUGUGUAAUAUAAUAAAAGCAAAAUUGAAAUUAAAAUGUUUUAACAGUGAA